AUGGACGUCCACGUGUUCCCCGUAUCCUCACAGACUGCCGGCGCACGUCUAUCGGGCACAGUUGAUUGCGUGGAAGAUCGCGUAUGUUUUCGGCGAUGUAAAUCAAACUCGCUGGUGUGUAUUAGAGCCCAGUCCGCUGUGCAGUACCCGCUCCGAACGAGCUGCGAGAGGAUGUUACCGACGGAACGGUUUUCUCAAAUGGUCCAACUUCAUCUGGGUCUGACAGACGACAACGAUAACACGAAAUGGAUCAUCGCAGAGUCACCGCUAGGCGGCCGUGGUCUCUUCGCGACGAAAGACAUCUCAUCCGGUGAAGUGUUGUUCGUCGAUCAUCCGCUCAUCUAUGGCCCACGGUCCGGAGCGAUCGUCCAACGCGGCUGCACAGUUUGCUACACGUUAAAAAGCGACAAGUUUUACAAGUGCCAAAAAUGUUCGCUUUUGCUAUGUUCGGAGUCGUGUCAGAACAAUAGCGCUCAUUACAACGACUGUAAAAUAAUUUCCGGUUGGCGCAAUAAAGUGCCCAUUGAGGAUGUUGACGACGCGCUACUGUCGCGUGCGUUAACUGCUAUAAGAGCGCUACUACUGAGUGAUGAUCAAAAACAAUUUAUGACUUCCCUCCAGGCCCAUAUGCUACCGCAACAUGGCACGGAAAUCAAAGAUUUGCAUCAAUACUUCGAGAUACCUCCACAGGACGAGCAGUUUAUGAUUUUGGCCUCCUACGUACUAGAUGCGAAUGCUUUCCAAAUAGCUACUCCGUACGGGAAAAAAGAAAUGGGGAAGAGAGGACUUUAUCCGGUGUCAUCUUUGAUGAAUCAUAACUGUGUACCAAACACCAGGUACAACUACAACGAGGACUUACAAAUGAUCGUUAAAGCUGUAAAGGGCAUACCGAGGGGAUCUGAAAUAUUCACAUGUUAUACAGGACUGAUGUGGGGGACACCGGCUCGCCGAAUUCACCUGCAUAAGACUAAACACUUUUUGUGCAAAUGCGAACGAUGCGCAGACCCAACAGAACGGGGUACAUUAUUAGCCGCCCUCAAAUGCUUCGCUGCCGAAUGUCCCGGCUCGCUUUUACCCAUAGAGCCUUUGAAGUCUUCAUCGGCAUGGCGGUGCUUGGAUUGCGGUUUAAGAGUGCCUUGUGAAAAUAUUUGCACUUUGCAAAGCGCACUGGGCAGUCUUAUGGGCUCGUUAGAUUUCGAGAAUUUGUUCUAUUGGUCUCUGUUGACAUGGGCGCCGCGGCAAGGAACGCCCGACCGCACGUCGUCACCAGAUGGAUCUGCGUGCCCGUACCAGCUGUCGGAAUCUCGUCUGGCGCUGAAAGAGAACCUGUGCCGCGGCAUCCUGCGCACGGUGGCAGCCCUGGGCGCGGGCGACGCGCACCUCCGCGCCCUCAUGCUUUACCACCUUCACGCCGCGCUGGCAGAACGCGCCCGCCGCUCGCCAGACCUAUAUGACGAGCUGAGGUCAGAAAUUGAAAGCACUAUAGAUCAAGCAUAUAACAUACUUCAAGGAGAUAUAUCGGCACCAGCAGAUUUGGAACUAAGACAUCAGUAUCUGGGACCAGGCUGUAAUAAAUCUCACGAAGAAAGAUUUUUCAUUCUCGAUACGUCAGACAAUAACAUCGAUUUACGUACU